CACGGACUUCGACUUCCCUGACCCCGACUUCACCGUAGCUGCGAACCCGCUCAUGGGUCUCGUGAACCCUAGGUGACUCAGGAGGUCUGAUCUGUGGGUUCGUGGCCGAACCAAUCUCGGCCUAAUCACGGUCUCCGAGGUCUGAUAUGGCUUGGUGACCUUGAGACCGGUCGGGAAAUGGUGGAAGCUGCCGUCGGAGGUGGAGUUUGGGCGGCAGCGACAGCGGAAGUAUGGCAGCAAGAUCCAAUAUAGCCUCGAUGAGACCGGCCGGGAGAGGUUGGUGGGACGUCCUAAGGUGGACACAGAUCGACGACAACGGUAGUAGCAGUGGCGGUUUCGGCGGAUAAGGCGUAUUGCUUUUCUUCUUCCUCCUUCUCCUCUUCCUUACCUGGAAAUCUAGGGUUUCUGAAUCUCCUCAAUGGCUUUGUCCAAUUCGCGGAGGCUGCUGCUGCGUUCUCUAUGGUCAGCGAGUGCUCGGGCUUGCUCCGAUUCCGCAAGUGCCAUAGACAAUCAUUCCUUUCGCAUUUCUCAUGAGUCGCGGGGCCUUCUUUUGCGGGAUGGUGUCUCUCAAGCAGAAUCCUUUAGCUCUAACAAGGGCUGGUCGUCAUUCCUUUCGCGUCGAAGGUUUUCAACUAUUCUUACCCCCAAUUCUAGUGGAAGUCAUUUCCCUCUCGAGUUGUUGUCCAAGAGGAAUGUAAUUGUGUCCGAACGACAGAUUGGGCUAUGUCAGGACCUGGUUAUUCCAGUGACUAACUUCCUUAACGAGGAUAAGGGGUUUAUGGUUUUGGCUGGUGAUGUCUUUGAUGUUCCUAUUAGAAAGGACAUUGUUCAUCGUGUUGUGAGAUGGCAGCUCGCCAAACGUCAGCAGGGAACUCAUUCAACAAAAACCAUCAGUGAGGUCAGCGGAACAGGGAGAAAACCAUGGCAGCAGAAGGGUACAGGUCGGGCUAGGCAUGGGACACUGCGUGGGCCACAGUUCAGGGGUGGUGCUACAAUGCAUGGACCAAAGCCACGGAGCCACGCUAUUAAGAUAAACAAGAAGGUCCGACGUUUGGGACUGAAGGUUGCCCUUUCAGCUCGAGCUGGAGAAGGAAAGCUUCUAGUAUUGGACGACUUGGAGCUCCCUACUCACAAGACAAAGAACAUCGUGAGCUAUGUCAAGCAAAUGGACAACACCAAGAAGGUUCUGCUCGUCGAUGGUGGGCCCAUCGAUGAGAAUCUCAAGUUAGCGACCCAAAAUCUUCAUUAUGUGAACGUGUUGCCCUCUAUAGGCUUAAAUGUCUACAGCAUACUUCUUCACGACACAUUGGUGAUGUCCCGGGAUGCAGUAAAUCGGAUUGUUGAGCGGAUGCACGCUCCUAUAAACCGUUGAAGCUCUUUUGUCAUUUUUGUGCCAGUUAGUUCGAGAUUUUUGAUUCAGGGGUUCCAGAUCAGAUUUUUGACUCUCGAUCUUCAUGAACUCUGUUACCUCUUGAGAGAACGUUUGGUUUUAUUAGAACUGUUCUUCCUCUCUGGAGUUGUUAGUUCGAGUUUAUCGGUGUCUUUAGUCAUCUAGUAAUCAUAUCCCGGAUCAUACUAAAAUACCAUUUCAAUGGAAUAAAGACUAAUGUCGAUGUUAA